AUGGCGUACUACGGCGGUGACCCUUACGCUCGCCCCCCAUCAGACAGACCUCCCUACGAUCGUCCGCCCUACGAUCGUCCUCCAUACGAACAGCCUCCCUACGAUAGACCUCCUUACGACCGCGGAUACGGCGGUCCUCCUCCAGGCGCUCGUCCCCCGCCAGGCCCCCCACCACCCCUCCCACCCGGCUGGCACCAGGAAUGGGAGCCGAACGCCCGUCGCGCAUUCUGGGUUGAGGACGCUACCGGUCGUCCCCAGUGGGAGCCUCCUUUCGGCCCUGGUGGCCCUGGUUAUGAGUACGGGGCUCGUGGUGGUCCCCCACCUGAGCCUGGUUACUACCCUCCUCAGGGUCCUCCACCUGGCGCUUAUGAGCAGCGUGGGCCUGGUGGCUAUGACUACCCUCCUCAGCAACAGCAGGAGCCUGAGCGUAAGAGCAAUACUGGAAAGUACAUUGCGGCUGGUUUGGCUGGUGUGGCUAUCGGUGGACUUGGAGGCGCUUUCAUUGAACACGAGAUUGAUGAAAAUAACGAGGAGGAUGAGGAGCGUCGCGCUUAUGAAGAUGGUCGAGAGGACCAGGCGUUUGAAGACGACGGUGGUUGGUAA